UCUGUUCCCAAUAAGCCUGACAAGCUUGACAAGUUUCUCGAAGGAAAGGAUAUUACUCUCAAUUGUCUUAUUUCCGAUGAGGAAGCUAUUUUCGAUGUAACGGUAUUUAACGGUAGUAAUAAUAGAGUUUCUACUCUUGCGAAUGUAAUCAGAAACCGUCGUCUAGACCGAUUUCAGAAUACUGAUUCGAGCAAGCUAAUUUUAUAUAUGAAUAAGGCUGAAGCUGAUAGUGUCAUAAUUCUCAGCUUAAAAAAUGAUAAAGGGGAUAUAUUGAGUGGUACGGAAUUGAUGAAGCAUGAAAACACCAUUUUAAGUUAUUUUAAUGGUCAACCCUCUUCUAAAUAUCAAGGCGAAAAGGGGGUCAAUGUUAUCGGAUCCUCGGUAGUGGAUGGGCAGUCACAGAACGAUAGGGAAACAAUAGCAGAAAUAUCAGCCGUUGAUGAAUCUGACUCCGUAAUAGACCAGCAAAAUGAUGUCAACACCAAGUCAAUGGAAGAGGUACCUGAGGUGAUUGCAGAGCAAUCGGUACCAGAUAAGGAGAAGAAUUUGGAUUCAGAGCCACUCAUAGCCGAUAUCUCUGGUAUCAAUUCUCAGGAUUCUGUCAUUCCCUUGAACGAAAAAGAUGGACAAGAUGUUUAUCUUGCCAGUCUAUCAUCUGAAUCAUGUGUUACUUCGCCCGGCUUUGAAUAUAGUAAGGACGGGAAAGUUCCCUAUAAACAAAAAGUAGAAAAAGGUUUAGUAUGUGAAUUACUUGAAUUCAUUAGAAGCCAUGAAUCCUUACCGAAUUCUACUACAUCUAGGCCUAUUCCACCAGCGCCUCAAGUUUCACAUGUGCCUAUCAAGAUAUCUAAAUUCCCUGAAGACCGGAAUACCAUCCUCGAUGCUGUGAAUAAACGCUUCCCUUUCUUGUCAUGGAAUAAAUCAAUUACUUGGUGUCGAGAUGCUUUUGAAUAUACCGAUCCUGAGGCCAAGUGCCCGGCAUGUAAGAGUGUUCACAUGCAUCAGGGUAUAUGGGGUGACUGGACUUGCCAGGACAAAAAUAACUUUUAUUAUCUUAUGUGUCCCUGGGAUAUUUAUGAAAACAAGAAAGUCAAAAUUGCUACACAGGGCUAG